ACCUCCUAAACCCGAUUCCUUUGCUGUAAUCACGCAUGUCUAUCGCCAAACAUAGCAAAGAUGAUAUUUAGAGAAAUAAGGCAUGGCAAAGCCCCACCACGUUCGAAGGAGUUGGUUCCCAUUGGCAGUUGCGCAAAUAACUAAUUCGCUUUGCACUGGGGACUCUCCUCCCAAUAACCCCUUUGCCGUCUCUUCGAUUUUCCUUCGUUGCCUCCCCCUCUUUCAACUAAAAUCAUAAUGGGCUUCAGAUCCCUCUUCAACCGCAAGAAGAAACUCAUCAACAAAUCUUUAUCAUCGCCAUCCGACGCCGCCACCGCCGGCACCACCGGCUCCCCGCUCAUCUCCCGCUCGCCGUCCUUGGCGGUGUACACCCGCGCCGAGUUCGUCUCCGAAUUGGAGCAAGUCUUCAAGAAAUUCGACGUUAAUGGCGAUGGCAAGAUCUCUUCCUCGGAAUUAGGAUCCAUAAUGGGAAGCCUUGGGCAAUCUGCAAGCAAGGAGGAACUUGACAAGAUGAUUCGCGAGGUCGAUGCAGAUGGCGAUGGAUUUAUCAGCCUUGGCGAGUUCAUUGAACUAAACACCAAAGACAUUGAUCCCAAUGAGGUUCUAGAAAACCUAAAGGACGCGUUCUCCGUUUUCGACAUCGACGGCAAUGGCUCUAUCACUGCGGACGAGUUGCACAACGUCAUGGCCAGCCUCGGCGAAUCGUGUUCUCUCGAUGAGUGCCGGAAAAUGAUCAACGGUGUUGACAGUGACGGCGAUGGCGCCAUCGAUUUUGAGGAGUUCAGGACGAUGAUGACGGGUUCUCGCUUUGUGUCACUUGAAAGUUAAAUGGUCUCGGUAAAUCCAUGUCUCGUUAUAUAGUUGUCAUUAUGCCUUCAAAUAUAUAUACCAGAGAUUUUUAUGUGGGUAGAUUUGAUCGUGUUGAGUGUUGUUUUUGUGGUGGGAACAAAAAUGUCAGCGGAGUUCCGACUUACUCGGGCUUUUUGUAAAAAUCAAAAUGAGGAGGAGAACUAUGAUCUAGUAGCACUUGAUCCUUAGGAGAGAAUGUGUUACCUUUUUCUUGACAACUCGGAGCCUUAUUUUAUAUAAUAUAUGAAUGCUUUUUUGAUAGGAUAGGAAUUAAGAUCCCUUUUACUGAGUUCGUAAUGGGUAUUUUAUUUUCCUCCAAAGUAUCUCCUUUUGAACUUCACCUCAAUUCUUGGACAUUCAUGCGCA